CAAUUUCUAGCGGUUUAUGACUCCGGUAUCCUAAGGUACACACCUACACAUCCUUACAUACCUAGGUAGGUACCUACAUGGGUAGAACUUACGUAUGUACCAGUGUAGGGAAAGGGGGUUUGUAACCUUUGGGUUGCGUUCUGUCAUAGGCGUUCGUAGGGGUGGCCUCGCUCGUGUAUAAGAAGCGGAGGAAUCGGUAUGUCCUUGGAAGUAUGCAAGCGAGACUUUGACAAACAUCUUCAUUCAUACAUUUGCUAGCACGUCCUUCCAAUACUGUGUAGUCCAAUCGUAUCCAUCCGCAUUCUGCUAUCCAUCACGCUCACAGGCGCCUCUCUCAGUCUCCCAGAGAACGCAGACACUCUCUACAUCAUGGGGGAUGAGUUCACGAUUACCCGCAAUCUGUACGAAGAUCCCGAGCGGUCACAAGGGUUAGACCGAACCAGUUACCACUUGAAAAAUCCACAAGGAGAGGUUUUCCGAGACACCUUUGCAGAGACGCCGAAAAAGAAGUCUAAGCUCAGCUACAGUGCUAAGCUGAUCGAGAUACACCACGGGGAGAUGGAGCUCGAUGGCAAAUCCUGCCAAGGCACGCUUAUCGUCUUCGAAUUUCGAUUUCACUCCACAAGCACACACUCAUCAACCCGCUACAAGGCUGUGCGUAUUGACUUGGAAUUCCAAAAUGGAAAUGGUGUCGCAAAGAAGGAUCCCGUGGUUGUCCGCAUCGCACCGGACAAACAGUACUACCUCAACAAGACCACUCGCGAGGAGACAAGGACGUGCGGGGUGUCAGUCGGAACCAACUUAGGUCCAGCAGGGCUGGCUGGUGCCGAAGCAAGUAUGAACUGGGAGCUUUGCACGCAGUCGACCAGAAGAUUCAAGGCCACUUUAACAGGGGAAUCGAAGUUUUCGUCCCAAAAGUCAGUCUGCAGAAACGCCGUGCGGUGGUCGAUGGCAGAGAACAGUGGGGCCAAGGAUGGAAUUCCGACCUUUCUGCAGGCUGCGGUGUUGCUAAAAAGGAACAACAACGAACCCUUCAUCUGCCAGCUGAGCCUCGAAAGCGAUGCCAACUUCGGCAAUAAGUUCCUCCGCUUGUCAGACAAGUUCAGCGAUGUGGACCAAGUCAUCGACCCAGUUACGUUGGAUCCCAAGAUAAGGCAGCUACAAAGCAAUCGACUCACCCGCAUCCAGCCGGAAGACCUGGGGCAGAUGCAGACUAUCCUGGAACGGAUUGACAGCUACGUCAAAGUCAGCUUUUCGCAGCCCGACCUUACUCCUCCCCGCACCGAGUUGCCGACAUCAUCCUCUCCUUCAGAGCCGAGCUUGGCUGAGAAAGAUACUGUUACUGUUACUGAAACCCGGGGGCACCCCCACCCUCUGCUGGACAACACGAUCAAGAAGUUGGUCGUGUCAGAGGUGCCUAACAUGCAGGAGUCAAAGUCUACCUCUACUUCGACCUCCUUACCUCUAGUGGAUGUCCCAGUAUUGGCGUGCGAGGUGCAGGAAGCGGGCGAAGUUGAUGCAUCGACAUCUCACCUGGUGCUUUUGGCAGCCCAGGAAGCCGCUGAGGCGGCAGCAGCGGCAACUAGGGCUGCCACAAAGGCAAUGGAAGCGGUUAAUGAAGCGGCAGCGGCGGCAGCGAGAGCAUCCAGAGCAACCAAUCUACUAGCAGAGGUUACAUCUCGAAUGGUCAACAAGGAGAGGCGUUAUCAUGGUAGCUGCAGCAGCUCAGAUAAGCCUACUGCAUAAGGAUUACUGAUGUGCGGCGGCGGCGACGAAUGAUGCGGGAUUUCGGAGGAGCAUGUUGCAGCCUACCUACAGCAAGCAGCACAGCGCCUGGAUUGCUGUCCAUUCAGUUCAUUGGGGUCACCAAGCCCUGGAAUGAAUUGCCCGGGCUGCCCGCGAUUGGGACAGAUAAUUGUGGUGUAGUUACAUUGGAUGUGAUAUUAGAUGCACUGCGGAGGCAACCCAGAAAGAGGCAGCCUAGGAGCACUUCAUAGAGGUACCUGACCAAGAAUCCUGCAAAUUUAGAAAAGUGAAAAAAUGAAUUGUAGUGUCCUAUCUAAAAGAGCCAGGUACCGGAUGUGUGGAAGACUCAUACAGUGAGUGGGUUACAUGGUAAAAAAAAAAAAAAAAAAAAAAAAAAAAAAAAAAAAAAAAAAAAA